AUGACAACUUUAUUACAGCUCUUGUCAAAUUAUUAUAAGGCUAAAUUAGAUUCAGAACGAAUAUACAAUGAAUAUGUUCAGUCGCAGUAUGAGUUUGCAUCUUUAGACAAGUUGAACAACAAUAAAGGUGACCCAAAGAAAGUAGUUGAUGAGACAUUAUUUUUGCAGAGGCAAAUUGCCCAGCUGAAUAAACAGUUACAACUUUCAUUUCAAGAGAAUGAAAAACUAUUAAGCGUACAGAAGAAUCAAAAAGCUCUUUAUCAAAGUAAGUUAUCCAGCAAGGAUGCAUUCAUUGAUGAUUUGAAACUCAAACUGAAAGUCGAGCAGAUAUCUGUAGACAAACAUAAUAAGGAACGGACACCUUCAACAGGCCGUGAUGAACAACAGCGUAAUUCAAAAGCGGCACAUACAUCAAAGCCCACAAUUCAUCUUCUUUCGCCAAUUGUAAAUCGUGAUAAGCCUAAUAAUCAAACGAACGACAGGGGUGGCAACGAUCCUGACUCGCCUACAUCACAAAGAAGAUCAAGAGGACUGAGAUCUUUAUUGAGUUCAGGUAAAAAUACAAUAUUUGAUUCAAUAUCCAAAAAUCUCGACGAUGAGAUAAAUGAAAAUGCGCAUAUCAGAAAUGAUACCACAUCUUCCAAGAUAGCUGGCAAAUCGCCAUCAAGAUUAUCUGCGCUGCAAAAAUCUCCAGAACUGCGUAAAGAAAGGAACAAUAUGAUAUUAAAGGAACACAUACUGCGUUCAAAAGAUGACCAAAAUAUCACGUCAUCUAGAAAACUGGAUAAUAUCGAGCUAUCUAGUAUUGGUGACUCUACUGCAAUGACAUCAAGGAGUUCUACCGUUAAUGCAAAUGACAUCUUGGGAAAUGAAGAGAACGACGGGAUUACAAAGCUGAAAAGAGUUAACAAGUUAACCAGCUCUCCAGUUAAAAGGGAUUGCAGUACAAACAAGAAAAGAAAACUCACAAAGCAGCGAAUUGCCACGUUACCCAACUCAGAUGAAGAAUUGAGUAAUAAUUUAAAUGUUGACGAGUUUGUAUGA